AUGGACAACAUCACUCACAACUCCAGCAGCAGCAGCUCAUGGGAUUUGGACAUGAGCCUCGGCAGCCACCACCACCCCCUCCUCUUCGACAGCCACCCCAACCCGGCGCCUCCGCCGCCGCCGCCAUUACCGUUCCAUCUCUCCACCUCCCAUCACCACCACCACCACCACCCUCCUCCGCCUCCUCCGCACCACCACCACCACCAUCAUCCCGGCCUAGAUCCUUCCCCGUCUUCCUCCCUCUUCCCGCCGCACCACCGGCUCCACCACCUCGGCCUCGACAUCGACCCCUCCCCCCACCACCGGCACCACGAGUACGGCGGCGGCGCCCACGAGCAGCAGGAGCCCGGCCACCACGAGCAGGAGGAGAUGAGGCAGGAGGCGGGCGUGGCCCAGGAGGAGCACGGCGGCGGCGGCGGCGGCGCCGAGGACGUGGAGGAGGAGCUCGGCGCCAUGAAGGAGAUGAUGUACCGGAUCGCCGCCAUGCAGCCGGUGGACAUCGACCCGGCCACCAUCAAGAAGCCGCGGCGGCGCAACGUCCGCAUCAGCGAGGACCCCCAGAGCGUGGCGGCCCGGCACCGGCGCGAGCGGAUCAGCGAGCGCAUCCGCAUCCUGCAGCGCCUCGUCCCGGGGGGCACCAAGAUGGACACCGCGUCCAUGCUCGACGAGGCCAUCCGCUACAUCAAGUUCCUCAAGCGCCAGGUGCAGGAGCUCCAGCACCAGCCGCCGCAGCAAUACCCGGCCGCUGCCGCCGGCGUAGCAGCAGCCGGAGCCGGACCCAGCACCUCGGUCGUGGUGGGCCCGCCAGGGCGACCCGGUUUCCUCCCGUUGGGUCCCGGGCCGCUCAUUGACUGGGCCGGGCUGGUGAGGCCCGUGGAUAUCCACGGGCCCACAUCGUCGUCGUCCUCGUCGUCGAUGGGCGGCGCACACGCGGCCCUGGGCUUCGGGUUCAGCAGCGCCGGCCAGAGCAGCCAUGGAAUGCACUGA